AAGUUUUGUGAUGUGCGAGACACUGAAAUCAGUUGAUUACAUACAAAAAGAGUUAAAAAUCAGCACAAUCCAAUUAAGAAUGGCUGUUGAAAAUGGAGAACAAUUAUAAUAUUUUUUGUUCUGGGUUCUAUAAAAGGUCUACGUAACAAAUCCAGACGAAACGCCUGCUGAAAAUGUGGAAGUGGAGGUCCAACCAGGAGGAUCCAGUCAUCCAACAAGAGCCAAUGGCAUUGCGAAGUUUACCAUCAACACUCAGGAAGACAUUUCUACACUGGAGAUCACUGCAAAGACCAAAGAUUCAGACCAGCAGGCACUGAAAAAGAUGACGGCUCAGGCCUACAAGCCCAAAGGCGGCUCCAAAAACUAUUUGGACAUUGGCAUUGAUGCUGCGGAGCUUCAGAUUGAUGAUCAAGUAAAAGUUUAUCUAAACGCUGGAAAAAGUCCAGGAUUCAGAGAUCAAGAUUUCACCUACAUGAUCUUGAGUAAAGGCCAGAUUGUAAAAGUAGACAGGUUUAAGAGGAAAGGACAAUCUCUAACGGCUCUGUAUGUACCUGUAACCAAAGACAUGGUGCCGUCCUUCCGCAUUGUGGCAUAUUACCAUGUGGGCUCAUCUGAGGUGGUGUCUGAUUCAGUCUGGGUCGACGUGAAGGACACAUGCAUUGGAAAGCUCCAGAUUAAGGUGAAGGACAAGGAUAAUUACUAUGGCACAGGGGAUGAAGUCAAGCUGCAGAUAACUGGAGAUCCCGGAGCUAAAGUUGGUCUGGUGGUGGUUGACAAGGCUGUACAUGUCCUUAACAAGAACAGACUCACUCAGACAAAGAUCUGGGACAGCAUAGAGAAACAUGACAUUGGCUGUACGGCAGGUGGGGGAACGGACAGUAUGGGUGUUUUCAGUGAUGCAGGUCUGAUGUUUGAGUCCAACACUGCAGGAGGAACCAAAAUCAGAACAGUGCCUGAUUGUCCCGUCCCUGCAAAGAGAAAACGAAGAGCUGAGAGUCUCCUGCAGAUCACAAGUACACUGGCUGGUAAAUACUCUGGUGAACUGAAGCAGUGCUGCGUUGAUGGAAUAAGGAACAAUAAACUCGGCUACACAUGUGAACGGCGAGCCACAUACAUCAUGGACGGACCAGAAUGUGUCAAAGCCUUCCUACACUGCUGCAACGAGAUGAAAAACCAUAGACAUGUUAAGACUGAACAAGAGGAGCUAAUUCUAGCUCGUAGUGAUGAAGAUGAUGAAGAUUAUAAUGAAUCUGAAGAGAUUGUGUCACGUACGCAGUUCCCUGAGAGUUGGCUUUGGGAGGACAUUGAGCUAUGUGAGAAUUGUCCAACACCACUCACAGAAAAAGUGAUCCUCAUGAAAGACUCUAUUACUACCUGGCAGAUCUUAGGUGUCAGUUUGUCACCAACUCUUGGCAUAUGUGUGGCAGAACCAGAGGAGAUAGUUGUUUUUAAGAAUUUUUUCAUUGACCUCAAGGUGCCUUACUCAGCUGUCCGUGGUGAACAACUGGAAAUCAAAGCCAUUAUUCACAACUACACCAAAAAGAAGCAGAAGAAGGUGCGUGUGGACUUUAUGGAGACAGAAGACGUUUGCAGCUCUGCCAGUAAGAAAGGCAAAUACAGAACAACAAUAUCUGUUGACAAAGACUCCAGCGUAGCGGUUUCAUAUGUGAUAAUUCCCAUGGCACUGGGAAAUCAUGUUAUUGAGGUAAAAGCUGCAACAACUGAUUCAGCUGAUGAUGGAAUAAAGAAGACGCUGAGGGUGGUGUCUGAGGGUGUGCGGGCUGAACUUCACCAUACAUCCUUGGAGCUCAAUCCUGCUAAGAAUGGAGAAAAACCUUUAGUUCUUAGAGCUGACGUACCAGCUGAUUGGCUUCCAGACACACCUGCUAGCACGUACAUCACAAUUACUGGUGAAGAGAUCACUCAGACAGUUGAGCAGGCCAUCAACGGAAGCUUCAUGGGUCGUCUUAUUGUCCAACCCAGUGGAUGCGGAGAGCAGAACAUGGUCGCUAUGACUUUACCUCUCAUUGCCACUCAUUAUCUGGACAACACCAAUCAGUGGGAGGCUGUCAGCAUGGACCGCCGUACUGAAGCAACUAACAAAAUCAGCACAGGUUAUCAAGGUCAGCUGAAAUUCAGGAAAGACGAUGGAUCUUACGCUAUCUGGAAAGAAAUGCCAAGCAGCACAUGGUUGACAGCAUAUGUGGCCAAAGUCUUCGCAAUGGCCAGUAACUUAAUUUCUAUAGAUGAGGAUGUGAUCUGCAGUGCUCUCAAGUGGCUGGUUCUGCACAAACAACUGCCAGAUGGCUCCUUUAAAGAGGAUCAUCCUGUAUACGACAGCGAGAUGGUGGGUGGUGUAAGAGGCCAAGAUGCCGACGCCUCUCUGACGGCUUUUGUCCUGAUUGCCAUGCAAGAGGGCAGAGAGAUCUGUGCUGGAUCAGUUGGUAGUCUGCAUGAAAGUAUCAGGAAGGCUGUUUUCUUGUUAGAACGUCAACUUCCAAAACUGAGCAAUCCUUAUGCUGUUGCGAUAACGUCCUACGCCUUGGCCAAUGCCGGCAAACUCAAUAAAGACAUCUUGAUGAGCCAUUCCACCAAAGGACAAGCCGGUCGGUCCUGGACUGUCCCUGGAUGGCAUUAUCACUCACUAGAGGCGACAGCGUAUGCUGUGCUAGCACUUGUGAAGGCCAAAGACUUCGAUGAAGCAGGAGAGGCAGUGCAUUGGCUGGCCAGACAACAGUCUUACUAUGGUGGUUAUGGCACCACACAGGCGACCAUCAUUGUGUUCCAGGCCGUGGCAGAGUAUCGCACACAGGUAAGGGACAAACAAAACUUCAAUCUGAAUGUGGAGCUGUCUGUGGCAGGAAGACGCAGUCCUGAGAGAUGGACUUUCAGAAGAGAUAAUGUGCAUCUCACACGGUCAGACAGGAUGGCCAUAAACAAGGAGUUCACUGUAACUGCUAGAGGAAAUGGAACAGCCACUCUCUCAGUUCUGACGCUGUACUACGCCAGACCUGUUGAGAAGAAGUCUGACUGUACAUUCUUUGAUCUCACUGUUAAAAUGGUGAAUGACCCUGAAGCAAAACAAGGAGCCAUUGCAAGCUACAACUUCAUUAUGGAGUUCUUCUACAAAAAUGAUAAAACAGAUGCCACUAUGACUAUUCUGGACAUUGGCUUACCCACUGGAUUUGAUAUUGAAGAAAAUGAUCUCAAAGAGUUGUCAACAGGGAAGGAGAGAUACAUUCAGAAAUAUGAAAAGAAUAAAGUGCUGUCAGAGCGAGGAUCCCUCAUCCUCUACUUAAAUAAGGUUUCUCAUAAAGAGACAGAAAAAAUUGCUUUCAGAAUGCACCAGAUGCUUGAUGUGGGUCUGCUCCAACCUGCUGCAGUCACAAUAUAUGAAUAUUACUCACCAGAAAAACGCUGUACAAAGUUCUACCACCCUGACAGAGAAGAUGGUGCUUUAUACAGACUGUGUAAAGGAGACCUGUGCCAGUGUGCAGAAGAAAACUGUACCUACCAGAAGAAAAACAACCCCAAAGAAGAGGACCGUUUAAAAAAAGCCUGUGAAGGUGGCAUGGAUUACGUUUAUAAUGCCACAGUGGUGGGGAUGGAUCUGAAACAGGAGUCUGACAUCUAUGACAUCAGGGUGGACAAGGUGCUGAAAGAAGGCACUGAUGAUGAUGUUGAGGGGAAUGUGAGAAAAUUUCUGGCUCGUCCCGGUUGCAGAGAACAUUUAGGAUUGGUAAAAGACAAGUCAUACCUCAUCAUGGGCAAAUCUGUUGACCUGCCAAAGCUCGGGGGAAGUCUGCAGUAUAUAUUUGGAGAGCACACCUGGGUUGAAUACUUGCCUACAAGAGAGGAAAGCCAAACUCCAGAACACAGAGAUCGAUACAUAGGCAUCUCUGUGCUUCAGAAUCGCCUGACUCGAUACGGAUGUGCUACAUAAUUAUAUAUCACCUAUUUGUUGAUCGCUGAAAAUUAAACGUGAUCUCUAGCAUGUUUUUAUUAAAUCUAAGAUAAUAUUGUUUGAGCCAAAAUACUUUGUUGUAAUUUUGUAAAAAAAGGAACACUGAUUGAAACUUGAAAAAUGUUCAUUUCAGACGCCUGACUAAUUAAUAAAGGUGUGAUUAAACAGUGAAUUGCAAGGAU